AUGAAGCUUGGCUUACAGAGCUAAUGAGGCCAGCAGAAUGGCCAUGAAAAAGGGCAGGGAAAGGGGCUUUGACUGGUGUUUUUCCAAUAAAAGAUUGUCUCCUCUUCCAAGCUCUGCUCAAGGCACUCUGUUUCCAUAGUAAAAUUCUUGUGCCUCUGUGCAGCAAACUCCCAAGGUUGUUGCAGUUUUCACCCUUUCCUCAACUUAGUGUUUCAUUCUGGCACACACUUACAUUUUCAUGUGGUUUUUUUGCUCCUCACUGUCUACCAAGAGUAAAACUACUGAAAUUCUUUCUGGUGUCAUCCUGGAAGCUCAAGCUCGAUAUUUUUUGUUGUAACUGUGGAACAUUAUUAAUUCUACUUGACCUGUCCUUGAGCCCUGGAGUUUUCUAGGCUAUGUCACCCCUCCUUUAUCUAGAGCAUGGCCCACCCGAGUGCAAACGGGAGCAUGGAGAGUUAUGUUGGUUUUUUGAGGCUUCAGUCCUCGUUUUGCUGGGAGUCUUCUGGGCUCAGACUUCUGCACUGGACACCUUUGUGCUGCGACAGCCUGGCAGUAACUAUGUCACCGGGACCAUGACCAUCCACAGCGAGGAGCACGUCGUCGACGUCCACGUCCGCUCCGGCGUCUACUCCUCCGAUACCAUCUUCGACUACUCCCACGGGUAUAUUGCCACCAGGCUGUUCUCCCGAAAUGCCUGCUUUAUCAUGAAAAUCCAGAAGGAAUUAAUCCCGGAGCUGCAAGAGAUCGGACGGCUGGCUUUCGAGAGGCAGAUGAUGAAGGAUGUUUACUCUCCAAAUAACGUGUGGACCCAGUUUCAGUCUGGCAGUUCUGUGCUGGGGCGUUUGAAGGACUGGAUCCUCUAUGGCAAGCGCAUUGAGCAGCUCUGCACGGGACUGCCCCUCUACCAGCUCGUAGCCACCGAACCACCGGAGAAUACUGAUGGCUGUGCCAGUGCAGGAAUUCCGAGCAUUCUGGGCCUUAAAAUCUGUGAAAAACUCAUUGCAACUGAAUCCUGACAUUCCUGCUGAGAGGAACUGCCUGGUUUCUUUGCAUGCUUUUGGGAUGGGGACCGUGCUCUCCAGCUGGAGCGGAGCUCGGGG